UACAAGUGGAUUUAUAUAUUUAUCGAGUGUAUUGUUGACAUUCACGUGUGCACAUGGUAAAUGGUCGAAAAUGUCUGCUGUGAAAAGAAAAUCUCUUACUGACAAACAGUUUACAUCUCAUGCUGAUGCUGAUAAUUUAUUUGCUGAGAAAGUUCCCAAUUCAGAAUCUGACGAUGAGGAGGAAUCUGACUCUAGUGACUCGUCCGAGAGUGAAUAUUCUGGUCUGGAGGAGGAGCCCGACACUAGCGAUGAUGAAGAUUCGGAUUCUAAAAUGCCAUCUGAUUCUGAUUCGAGUGGUAAUGAGUCUAGUGAAUCUGAUACAGCAACCUACUCACUGAAGCAGACGGACAGCAAGACAGGAUCAGCCAAGCAGAAGAAAGGUUUGAAAACUGAGGCCAAUACGAAUGAAGGACAGACAAGUGAGGAAAAGCCUGACGAAUAUGAACAUGAUUCUUCUGAUGAGGAGGAUGUUAGAAAUACGGUUGGCAAUAUUCCACUUGAGUGGUAUCGUGAGUUCGCCCAUAUUGGUUAUGAUGUUGAAGGCAGAAAGCUUAUCAAGCCAGCGCAAGGAGACGAGUUGGAUGAAUUCCUCAAUAAAGUGGACGAUCCUAAUUAUUGGCGAACGGUCACCAACAAGAUGACGGGACAAAAGGUUCUGCUUAGUGCCUCCGAUGUGAAGAUGAUACAGAACGUGCAGAAGGGGAAAAGUCCAGCUGGUUCUCAAAGCAUGUAUGAGCCCUGGAUUGAUUUUUUCUCAUAUGAUACAAUGCUGCAUCCUGUUACCAAUCGACCUGCUGACAAAAGGAGUUUCAUUCCUUCAAAAUGGGAAAGGUUGAAGGUGGGUCAGAUGGUUCAUGCUAUAAAGAUGGGAUGGAUGAAGCCUCCUAAAGAAAAGAAGGAAGGAGAACAAGAAGACAAAGAAGAAGAAAUAACUUACUAUGAUUUGUGGAAAGAUGACAAUGAGAGUGAGAUUACUCGCCGAUACCGACAGCACAUCCCAGCUCCAAAAUUACCGCUUCCUGGCCACGAGGAGUCGUACAAUCCACCACCAGAAUAUUUGUUAACAGAAGAAGAAGAAGAUAAGUACUGGGACAUUGACCCAGAAGACAGAAGAAUGAACUUUAUUCCUCGCAAAUACUCGUCACUCCGUCUGGUGCCGGCAUACGACAAAUUUGUCAAUGAGAGAUUUGCCCGGUGUCUAGACCUGUACCUGUGUCCUAGACAGAGAAUAAUGAGGAUGCAUGUCAACCCUGAAGAUUUGAUCCCAAAGCUUCCGAAGCCAAGAGAUCUUCAGCCAUUCCCAACAAUAGAAUCUUUGGUGUAUAAAGGUCACAGUGACAUGGUGCGGUGUCUCAGUGUGGAACACAGUGGCCAGUGGCUGGCUUCAGGCUCUGAUGAUGAGACUAUUCGACUGUGGGAGGUUGCGACUGGCCGGUGUUUGAAGACGAUCCACAUGGAUGGGAAGGUGAAGAGCUUGGCGUGGAAUCCCUCGUCUGCUGUCUGUCUGCUGGCAGCAGUCGUGGAUAACUCUGUGUUGAUAUUGAACCCUGGUCUUGGAGACAAGCUGGUCAUCACAAACACAGAUGACCUUGUCAGUUCGUUCGAGGCUCCUGAGGAGUCAACCUCAGAGAAAAAACUUCCUGUACAGUGGGAGACGUUUUCUGAAGAGAAAUAUGAGGUUGGCUUCAGAAUUAAGAUUUCACAUCCUAAGGAAGUUUCCCAGGUUACUUGGCACAUCAAGGGAGACUACCUAGCAACAGUGAUGCCCAAGGGAGAUAGUAUGUCGGUUCUCAUUCAUCAGUUUUCCAAGAGGCGUUCACAGAAUCCUUUCCGAAAGUCAAAAGGUCUGGUGCAGUGUGUCCUCUUUCAUCCUGUUAGACCGUACCUCCUUGUUGCAACACAGCGGUAUGUGAGGAUUUACAAUCUUCUGAAGCAGGAGCUGACGAAGAAACUUUUUACCAACUGCAAGUGGGUGUCCAGUCUGGCUAUCCAUCCAGGAGGUGAUAAUGUUAUUAUCGGCAGCUAUGACAGCAGACUGAGUUGGUUUGAUCUGGAUCUCUCUACAAAACCUUAUCAGACACUCAAACAUCACAAGAAGGCUUUGCGUCAAGUGACAUACCACAAGAGAUACCCUUUGUUCGCCUCUGCCUCUGAUGAUGGAAGUGUUAUUGUGUGUCAUGGAAUGGUGUAUAGUGAUCUUCUGCAGAACCCAUUGAUUGUGCCGGUCAAGGUAUUGAAAGGUCACGUGACAACCAAUGGGCUUGGAGUCCUCGACUGUCAGUUUCACCCAUCACAACCCUGGAUAUUCUCCAGUGGGGCAGAUGGCUUAAUUCGACUUUAUACUUGAUAGUAAUUGCAAUAGCUCCAACAAACUUCAAAUUAUCAUCAGACUUCAAAAAUACCACCAAAGUUUGUCUUCAAAUUCAUUGAUAAUAUUCGUGAUAGCUUUUGCUCUAAAUUUUAACAACAUUACUAUCAAAUGUUUAUUAGUGUUUGGAUUAUAAUAAUGAUUGAACUUUACCAGACUUUUAUAAGCACCAGACCAGACUUCCAACAAUUUAAUUAUAAAGACUUCAGCAGUGUUCAGACUGUUAUGUAACAUCAAAAAGCUGUCUGACUUCUCCUUGCAUCAAAUGCUUAAUACGGAAUUAUCUGUGUGAUGCUUUCAAACAGAUGGUACUGGUUUUCACAUUGUAUAAAACAUUUAAAUACUUUUUACAAGUUAUAAAUUAGAAGAAUGUUUUACAUACAUAAGUUUUGUAAAUAAAUGUAUAUUAUU